CCAACAGCGGUUGGGUUCAGUGGCAGAUUGGGCCCCGAAGAGAAUGUAACAAUGGAGCUGCCCCCUCCGGGAAUCCGGAGGGUUUCCAUCAACCCUCUAGAGGCACCCCGCAGGUUUUCCAUCUUCCCAGGCGUGAUGCCCACCCGCUCAUCUUUGGGCUCGUCUUUGGCCUCCGCUGGCACCCCGAAGCCCUCCAUCCAUAGCAGCCUGAGGGCCCCGAGCCUGAUGCCGAGCCCCAUUCCCCAGAAGAGCUCCCUCAGCCCCGCCGACGCCAUGCGGCGCAGGGCGUCCAACGUCUCCUCCGUGCACUAUGCCGACGAGCAAGGCAAGCCGCCACCCUUGGACGAAGACAAAGAGAAGGACAAGGGCAAGGGCAAGGGCAAGGGCACCGGGACGCGGCUGCUGAACAUGCUAAGAAAAACUCUUCAAGGGUCUGACAGUGAAGAAAUGGUAAUAGCACAGGAAACACCAAAUUUGAUACCAUUUGGAGAUGUGGUCGGCUGCCUGGCUGUUCACAUAAAGACUUGUAGACAGUUUUCUCACAGGUUCAUUAUACAACAGCAUGUUAACAUGUUCAUUCGUGUCUCUAUAAACCACAUCGUGAAAUGCACAAAACUUCGGAACUUGAAAGCUGUUAACAAUGAAAAGAACCUUGUCCUUAGGUUUGAUGAAGUGAAGUAUUUUUCUGUACAGGUUCCCAGACGUCAGGAUGAUGAGCGGAAUAAUAUUUUCUUGGAACUAAUGCAAGAUGGAGGAAACAUAGAAAAACCUCCACUUUCCUUGGGCAGUGUUGAAUCACACCUUUAUGAAGUAAUACAGAAAGGCUGCUUUACCGAAGUAUUGCAAAUGAUGCAUAGACACACCUUUAUCUGCAGGUUGGAGGUAGAGUUCAUGUUUUCCUACGGAAACUUUGGUUAUGGAUUUUCACAUCAGUUAAAACCUCUUCAAAAAAUCAUCGAACCAUCUAUGUUUAUGAAGAUUGCACCUCCUCCAGAAAGAACAGAUCCUGUCACAAAUGUCAUUACUCCACAACGAGUAGAAUACCCAGCAUUCUUAUCCCCAGAAUUUAACGUUACCGUCGGAUCUGCUGAAGCCACCCAGCCAUCUGCGGCGGUGCGACUUGAAAAACUCCGUGAGAAACCCCGGGAAAGGUUUGAAAAAAUGAAAAAGGAGUAUAGAAAUCUGAACACAUGGAUGGAGAAAGCUGAGUACUUAAGAAACCUUAUUACUCCAAAAGUGGUUCACCAAGACUCUGAGGAAGUUAGUUUGAUUGAAGUAUCUGAACACAAUUAUAGUCUAUUGGAAGAAGAGCAUGAAAAUGAUAUCCAUUAUAGAAAAUCUGAUACUAUUUCAACUGAGUCUACGGACAAGAGUGAUAAGGAAAACCUGGUAAUACCAGCUUUGAAACUGUCGGAUGAAGAUUACUCAGAGCCCUUUCUUCAUAAAAACAGUGAAUCGGUGCCGGGAGACAUCCCGCUGCCCCCUAUUCACAGCCUGCAGAUAAUAGAGGAGGAUGAGGUGCAGCACUCACAUGCCCCUUUUGUGUGGGAAGACAAGCCACAGGAAGAGAGAAGUGUGAUGUUGCCAUUGGAUGAACAGCUGAUCCCCAAAACUUCAAGCAUUUUAAGAAUAGCCUCUUCUCUACAGGAGGUUAGGCAAAAAAGGGAAAAAUUUCCUCAUUUUUCAGAUGUGUUAACAAUACCUGAUAAGCCCUUAGGACAAGAAAAUACAAAUCAAAAAGGGAAAACUUUCAUCCAGUUAAGGAAAUCUUGGGAAACACAUCCUACUGACAUAGUCAGUUGCCUCCGAAAGGUGGCUUUUACACAAAAAGAGUAUACUACACCAGUUUUCAGAGGGGAAUCUGCAGAAUUCAAACCCAAACAUCAGAAAUUCAUCAAGGGUGGUCUUGAUCCUUUUCUAAGGAACAUAAACAGCAAAAUGUCAUUCAGAAAGAAGAAAGACCAAGACACAUACAGAUAUCCAAGCACUGUAAGUACAGAAGUUGCAGAGCACGAAGAUCAAGACCCUCCUUACCCAGAACAUCCAAGGUCUGCAGGAUCUAAUACAACCUGGGCUAAUGAUCCUAACCUCAUCACAAUCCACAUGGUGACCAAAAAGAAUAAUGUGCCUCCUGACCAUACUACCACCACCACAAUGACUUCAGACAGGAAGAACAAGUUGCCACAUGAUCCUACUCUCAACACAACAAACACUUCACAUACAAAGAGUAUAUUUACAAGUGAUAAUCCCGUUAUCACCAUAACAAAGAUUUCAGAAUCUGAUUAUAAACUGUCAACUGAUCCUAGUUCCAAGACAACGAAGCCUUCAGAGACAAGGCUAUCCAGCGGCCCUAGUUCCAAUACAACAAAGUCUUCAGAGACAAAACUAUCCAGUGGCCCUAGUUCCCAUACAACGAAGCCUUCAGAGACAAAACUAUCCAGUGGCCCUAGUUCCAAUACAACGAAGCCUUCAGAGACGAGGCUAUCCAGCGGCCCUAGUUCCAAUACAACAAAGCCUUCAGAGACAAGGCUAUCCAGCGCCCCUAGUUCCAAUACAACGAAGCCUUCAGAGACAAGGCUAUGCAGCGCCCCUAGUUCCCAUACAACGAAGCCUUCAGAGACAAGGCUAUCCAGCGGCCCUAGUUCCCAUACAACGAAGCCUUCAGAGACGAGGCUAUCCAGCGGCCCUAGUUCCCAUACAACGAAGCCUUCAGAGACGAGGCUAUCCAGCGGCCCUAGUUCCCAUACAACGAAGCCUUCAGAGACGAGGCUAUCCAGCGGCCCUAGUUCCCAUACAACGAAGCCUUCAGAGACGAGGCUAUCCAGCGGCCCUAGUUCCCAUACAACGAAGCCUUCAGAGACGAGGCUAUCCAGCGGCCCUAGUUCCCAUACAACGAAGCCUUCAGAGACGAGGCUAUCCAACGGCCCUAGUUCCCAUACAACGAAGCCUUCAGAGACUAGGCUAUCCAGCGGCCCUAGUUCCCAUACAACGAAGCCUUCAGAGACAAGGCUAUCCAGCAGCCCUAGUUCCCAUACAACGAAGCCUUUAGAGACGAGGCUAUCCAGUAGCCCUAGUUCCCAUACAACAAAGCCUUCAGAGACAAGGCUAUCCAGUGGCCCUAGUUCUAAUACAACGAAGCCUUCAGAGACGAGGCUAUCCAGUGGCCCUAGUUCCCAUACAACGAAGCCUUCAGAGACUAGGCUAUCCAGUGGCCCUAGUUCUAAUACAAUGAAGCCUUCAGAGACGAGGCUAUCCAGCGGCCCUAGUUCCCAUACAACAAAGUCUUCAGAUCCUAGUAAGUUGAGCCAUGAUUCUAGUAUUAAUGCAAGAAAGUCUUCAGAUACUAAUAAGUUGUCCCAUGAUGCUAGUAUCAUUUCAACAAAAUCUUUAGAUAGUAAGAAUAAAUUGCCAAGUGGUAAGCCUACUGUCAAUUCAGAUCUUACUACCAACACAGCGAAAACUCCAGCUAUGAGGGACGAGUUAGCAUGGGAUCCUGCCACCGUCACAGUAGACUCUUCAGCUAUGGAGAGUAAGUUAGAAGAACAGCUACCAGAUGUAUCUUUACCAAACUGCCGAAGAGAACCAUCAGUGACUGGAAAUGUUAGCAUAUAUCACCCCUCAAGCUCAAUCAAUUUUACCUCUGAUAUUGAAAAUUUAAAACAGUCAAUAGCACUCAAAUCAAUUUUAAGUAAAAAUCUGCAAGACCUUUCAGAUGAGUUAUUUUCUACACCAGAAGCCUGCACCAAUGCCGAGGAGAUGCAGGGAAGCUCCCCUCUGCCUCUAGGUGUGCAGGACAGACCAUCAUGUGGGACAGAAGACAGAGUGUUUGAACAAGUCCAAGACAUAAACAGCUGGCUUUCACCCAAAGACAUUCUGAAUUCACAGGCUCUUUUAAGUCCUGUGAUUAAAAGUGUUCCUCAAGAUUUACUUCCGGAAGGCGGGCCAGGAACAUCUUCAGACAUAGAAGAUGUCUCUGACAAACACUUAGAGGCUGCUGAAAUACCCUUUCCAAUGAACAGAAAGAGCAGUUUCAAAACCAAACAUUUAGUAAGUGAAGUAUCAGGUUCCGAUCAGGGUUUAAAUGGCGGUGUUCAUGACUACGUCAUUAAGCAGAUAUUCACUGCACCCAUAUUCUCGAAGCUAGAGACAGGAGCAACGGUACUGAGCGAGACACAGAUGGCCUUACAGGACCAACUGUUCACAUACUGGGAGAGAACUACAUCUUCACAGAUUCUUACCUACGAAGAAAAAAGCAAUGGAGCUCCUUUGUCACGGCCAAAAUCCGGGAUAAGCACAAUAAUACAGUCGUUUCCUGUAGAAACUCUUUUAGAUUCUGGGAUAAUCAAAGUGAUACAACUAGAUAAAGAAAACCAGAGCUCUCUGUUGGACAUACAGACAGCCUCUCCUGAGGAAAAGCUGCAGAAUCCCACAGAGCAGCACCAUAAUGUCAAAAGCCACACAAAACUGCUUUCAAGACAGACGACACCUAGCACUAAGCCCAUAGAGACCUCUGUGAAUGCAGCUGAUUACACAGAAGACAGCCAAAGUACGUCGGCACAAGAGCCAAACUACCCAAAAGCAGAAAGAAAGUCUGACUCCCCAAAUGAACACCAGAGACCGGACACGGAGGAGGCUGGGCUCAGUUCCGCUGUAAAGUCUCUAAGUAACUUAAUGGGCAAUCUUAAAGACACAGACUCAGUCAUAUUAAAAUCCAUCCUAAAAAGUAUCUUCAAAAAUUUCUUCAAAUACAAUCAGUCUGAAAGAAGAGAGUAUCUAGACAAACAGUUUGACAGACUAACACAACAUUCUUCACCACGUGGUACAGAACACUUAGAAAAAACGCAAGAGAAUUUUAAUAAAGCGGGCAAAGCAGACAAGAAGCCCAUUCUGGAUCCAAAGCUGUCUGUGUUUCUAGAGAAACUCUCAGAGUCAGAAGUAAAAAACAUGAAGUCUGAGUUAAGCAAGCACAUUCAGCAUUACCUUCUAGAAAAGCUCUCAGAGGCAGGCCACAUCACCAAGGAGGACUUACCCCAAAUUUACCGAAACCUGUAUCUGAUGAACGAGAAAACAGAGUUAAAAGAGCAAAGCUCUUUUCAGGACAAGUAUUCCAAAACUGUUGAGGAAAUCAUGUCCUUUGUAAAUAAUUUUAACCAUCAUUUCAUAGAUAAACAUUUAGAAAUAAAGCUUAGAUCUUUUCUAAAUGAAAUUCUCCAAAAUUAUUUCGUGAAGAAUCUUUCAGGGAGCAAUUUAUUCAAUGAGACAGACGGUGUGGCACUCCGUCCCAGCAUGUCCUCCAUGGCGAGUAACAGCUCUUCAAAGCCUCUGCACGGGCUGGGGCAAGACAUUGCCAGCGGGCAUUUUGGUUCAAGGCUCAAAAUAAACAUGAAAUACCCUUUCAACGAAUCUCUACAAAAUUAUCUUAAACCUUUAUCAGAAAAUGAAUUAUUAAGCCUAAAAGCUGAUUUGAGCAAAUAUGUCCAGAUCCUCUUUAUAGAUAAACUUCAUAAAUCAGGACUAAUGACAGAGAGGCAACUAAAGGGAAUCAGCCAGCAAGUUAACUCACUUAAUUCGCCUCCCAUGCCAUUCAAAUACAUAACCACAGAUUCACCUUUUAGAGAUGAAGGCAGCUUUAUGAGGGAGGAUUCAGAAGAGCAAAAGAAAUAUCCGAAAACUGGUCAAAAUACCACCUUUCGAACAUUUCUUGAAGAUAUAUGUGGAGAAACAGAACCGACCAGAAAGGGAGAAAAAGGAAGCUCCUUUUCACACAAUUUAAAAGAAAAUCCAUCAACAUCUUGGGAACAUAAACACGUUUAUAGUAGGGAAGUUAAAACAUUAAUGAAAGUACAACCUUCUUCCAAGAAAAACAUCCAGGCAAUUCCAUUAAAUAAGUCACCAGAAAGACCUGCAGAUAUAUUACUUAAGAAACACAAGCAAGACCAUGGUUUCAUGCAACUUCCUCAAGCAGAAAAUUCUAUUUACAGAACAGAGACUCAAGAGCCAUACAGUUGGGAUGGUAGAGCAAAACCAAUUCAGUCAAAACACUGCUUUGAAAAGACACUAAAAGUGAAGGCGCUUGAGAAAAGGGAUAACAAUAACAUUUGCAAACUGGCUGUUCAGGAAAGAGCUGAUCCAGGAUUUUCACCUUACCUAAAACUUCCUACCUGCAAAACAGCAAGAGAAAAUGAACACUUGAACAGGCUCUCCUUCCCUACCUGGCGAGCUAACACUUUCAUUUAUGUCAACACAGAAAAUGGGGAGCAAUCAAAAUUAGACCAGUAUUGUCAGAGGUGGAAAGAAAAUAAUAAUAAUAAUAAAAAACACUUGGUAACAUUUGCACAAUUCAAAAAUGAAAUGGAAACUCUUUAUAUAAACCCGUAUGAAGACUGCAAAGAAAAAUGUGCCAGGGGUGCUGAAUCGCAGUCGUUUCGGUACAAAGAGGAGGAGAGAAACUCCAGGCCAUCUUUCUUCCCAGAAGUACUGACGAGAGAAAACAUGAAAUCCAAAAGAAAAGAAAGAGAUUACACCACCAAACCAAAGAAGUCAUUUCACAAGAUAGUCAGGAUACUGCCAGCCGCACUGCCCACUGCAAGACCUCAUCUCCGGAAAUCUGUUCCAAGGACCUUACUCCACUGGACUGCGAGGAGAACUAUACACGAUUGUUUGGAUAGAUUCGACGAUUUACAAAUACCCUCAGUUAAACGUCCUAAAAACUCAAAAUCCAGAUCAAGACUUUUAGGCAAGAGUCCAGAUGAUUCCUAUAAUCAGGCAAAACACUGCGCACGACCAUCCACCGCUCCAGAGUCUAACAAGCGACGGGAAAGUGUCACCGGGAAAUUCGCAAGUCCUCGGAUGGUCUCGGCGGGCUUAGUUCAUAUCCAUGACACCACCCCAGAGUAUGAUAUACGGAAAGUGAGGUCCAAAAGAAAAUUAAAAGAGAAUAUUGAAAAACGUCCGCUCAUUUAUGAUAUUAUCCAGAUGUUAGACACUGCAGAAUAAUACGUGUGGCCACCAGUCAGAAUAUAAUUUCUCCAUUAACAAAAUGGUUUGGAGAUCUAUCCUUGUGAGUGAUAGAAGUCAACAACGAAAUUUCAUCUUGUUAGACCAUUUUGUUAUGAUUAAAAUGAAAAAUAAACACA